AUGGAAGUUCAAAUUCUCUUCAUGAUUUCGACGAUAUGUCGAUUGGGAGCUCCGUUGGUUCUCAGGCAGAAUCCCACUUACCCGACAAGAGUCAGAGACAUCCCUUCUGUCGCCCGAGAAUCGAUUAGGACUUCGCAGACAUCAUUCGUUCAACUCUUCUCGUGGCGCUUCACCAUCUGGAUCCUGGACGAGUCAAGACGAAGACCCGGAAACCGUCCACGAGCGGGAGAGAAACUGGAACUCUCCUCGCCCCAAGUGGCACGACCAUCCCCCAGCGAAACAUGGAUCUUUGUCACCGACGUCCCCUUCGGGGCAUUCUCCCUACCCCCACCCUCCUGCCAAGGGGCGACUUCACACAGAAAGUCAGAAUAUCUCAAUGAGUUCUGCGAACGGAGUCCACCAGCAACACAACACCCCCUCACCCCAAGAGAAGGGCCGAUCCAAACGCUUAUCCUUGCCUUCACCUCCACCAGUCUUCCCGGGAAGAGAAUCGCCGUCUGUCAUGGCUCUGCCGCGAAUCUUGGAUAUGGUUUAGUGCGAAAUCGUACAUUUUUGCCGCCCCUUGACCGUGAUCAUGAAUCACCGCAAAGAUCGCACCUACGGCCACAUACGCCAACUAGCUCAUCAGCGCCCGUGAAGAAGGGUUCUUUUAAAGAAAGUCACAUCCCCGUACGUUCUCCGAGGAAGACCAAUGUUCCUCGAUCAGCUCUCCAGGACGAUGACUUUACCUUAGAUGCAAACCAUCUUUUCAAGCAACAAUCACUCCCAUCGAUUGAAGCCGCAGAUAUGCAUUCCGAGAACGGCAAGUUUGGCCAAGAUAUGGAUGGCUCUUGCACUGACGCUACCGAUGAUCCGUCUCAAGAACGAACUCCCACCCUGCUGACCGUUCCCCCACCCCCCUUGGAGUCAACUCCAUCACAACCUAGUGCCCCUCCUUCACGAACUCCUCUCAGUGACGAACUACGCCUCCAAAACGCCCUUGCAUCUCACAUAAGUGACACCAUACUUCAAGAAUACUCCCCACCCCCCUCAGCGCCAGAGGAACCUCUCAGGAUUCCCAGUCCUCUCUUCUCGUCGACCCCACCACGCGAAUCAUUUCGCAAACCAACCUUACACACAACUCCGCCCAAGGAUUUGCCUGACCUGCCCGAUCCUCCUUCAACUGACGAAGAAGACUCUGAGCCUCUUCCGCCAAAGACUCACACCGCACUAAAUGGUGGGUCCGCUUUGGAACUGGCAGAAACACCCAGAGCUCCAGGAGGCUGGGCAACUGCACCAGCACCAGCCGGAAACACGAACCUUGCUUCGGACUAUCUCCAGGGAAAUGGGCAAGGUGUUGAAGAAUCAACUCACAUAUCCGAUAUAAAUAAUAUCAAUUGGACAGCCAUGAAAACUCCGAAGCCUCCAGGAAGUUGGAAUACGUUCGCUACUCCUAUACAAGCACCUCGGUUUGAUAGUCCCUCCAUUGAAGAUUCUUCAGUGCCAGUCGAAACAAACGGAGGUCUCGCAACUCCUGUGGCAUCGAUCUCAAAGGCAUCCCUGGCUUUUCAAACACCAGCAGCCCCUGGGGCGUGGGUUGCGACGCCAGCUACCAGGAAGAGCAUUUUGAAGGUCCGUUUUGACCCACAAGCCUCCAAAUCAGAUGAUUUUACUGCAGAGGAUGUCCCGGAACACUCCACGUACGAUGUCAUGAACUCCUCAGAAAGUAAUAUUGCGGCCAAUUCUGCUGGAAGUGAUACACGAGGAGCCAGGCCAUCUACCCCAGAGCUCCUGACACCAAUCUCACCUGGAUGUAGUCCCCAUAAUCCCCGCAAAUCGCCAAGUAUACGUAUCUUGGAUGCUUUUGGGAGGGAGCAAACCGACAUAGUCGAUGCCAAACCCGAUGCAUCAAACUCGGCACGGAGCAGCAGCACAAAACGGGUUCCGGAUGCGAUGGACCGUGAAGUGGAUGAGGAUGAAGAUGAGACUUUCACUGCACAGAGCGAUCAUCCCAUGAAUCGUGACGAACUGCUAUCUCGUGUUCGCCGAGGCCUUGGCGAUAUUGUCCAAGGGAUUGAUGAGCUCAGCCAGUGA